AGGAUGGACGCCCGUUUCACUCGCGGCAAGUCUCCGGUGCUGGAGCGGGCGCUGGGCCGGCCUCGCUCCGAGCUGUCCCUGGCCGCCUUCGCGCUGCUCUUCUCGGAGCUGGUGCAGUACUGCCAGCGCCGCGUGGCCUCGGUGGCCGAGCUGCAGGCCCGGCUGGCCCAGCUGGGCCACCACGUGGGGCUGCGGGCGCUGGACGCGCUGGUGGCGCGGGAGCGGCCGGGGCGGCGCGAGACCAAGGUGCUGGGGGUGCUGCUCUUCGUCAAGGGGCCGCUGUGGCGGGCGCUGUUCGGCCGCGAGGCCGACAAGCUGGAGCAGGCCAACGACGACGACAGGACCUUCUACGUGAUCGAGAGGGAGCCGCUGGUGAACACCUUCGUGUCGGUGCCGCGCGAGAACAGCUCCCUGAACUGCGCCGCCUUCGCCGCGGGGCUGCUCGAGGCCGUGCUGGGCGCCAGCGGCUUCCCCGCCCGCGUCAGCGCCCACUGGCACAAGGGCACCACCCUCAUGAUCAAGUUCGACGAGGCCGUGAUCGCCCGGGACAAGAGCCUGGAGGGGCGUUGAGGGGCGGCCGGCGGGGCCUCGCAUGGGAAGAGGGCCAGGAGGGACAUUAUUGUCAUCAUCAUCAUCAUUAUCACAUGGGACAAGGGCCAGGAGGGACAUUGUUGUCAUCAGCAUCAUCAUCAUCAUCAUCAUCA